AUGAGUUACAGCCCUUUCCUGACUGCCCUCUACAAGGAUGUGCAGAGCCGGCUGCCUCUGUGGACCACUCAGUACGUGAAACCCGUUUCCAAUGGGACCUUCGCCGUUUCGAGCACGUGGACCGACGACAGCGGCGCUCAACUGCAGCGUCUCUUCAUCGCUGUCGAGGCAAGCGACACCAACUACAUCAGCGAGGCAGUAUUGACGGAGUGGAUAGCGCUCGUGGAAGCGUGGCAAACGGCACACAAGGAAGAUGAGGUAAGCUGCUUUGUCGGCUUUGUGGACCUGGCCGGAACGGUGUCCUACUACAGGUGUGAGACUGCUGUGGCUGGUGCGUUGCGAAGGGAACCCGACGACCACUUGACUUGUCGUUGA